UUUUUUUUUUUUGCAUCUGCAACCAGCCCGCCCGACUCAUUUAUUUCCGAGGGCAGAUGUGAGAAAGCUCGGGGAGAGAUCGAGAGAGAGGAAGGAAACCGCGUCGGAUCCUUUGGGUGGCUUUUUUGGGUGGGCUGGGCGGCGGAGAUUGCUUCUUUUUGGGGGUUGUUUUUUUUUUGGUGCAAUUAAAAACCACGCACCUUUUAAGACCCGACUUUAUAACUUAACGAACAGCUGGAGGAACAUCUGUUACCCGGAAGAGCAAGGGAGACAGAAAGAAAAAUCUGCCUACCUUCUGGAGAUAUUGUAUCCCCCCCCCCCCCCCCACUGUGUGUGUGUGUGUGUGUGUGUGUGUGGUUGGGGAGGAGAGGUGUCUUAAAUUUUCUAUAUUUAUAGAGCAAGAGUAUUUAUUUUCAUAAAAGAGCCGACAUGUCUUCAUUUGCAAAAGAUUUUAGCAAAGCAAUGUCUCAAGCCGGCACCUCCCAGUUCCAGGAGGCGAUUAGACAAGAACUGGAAUUUUCCAUGAAGGUGGAACUGGACAAGAUACUUUCCACUGCACCCCAGAAUGAACUAGAGCACACUAAAAAAGACCUGGAAGGUUUUAAGAAACUGUUCCACAGAUUCUUACAAGAAAAGGGACCGUCCGUGGACUGGGGGAAGAUCCAGAGACCUCCAGAAGAUUCUAUCCAGCCGUACGAGAAGAUCAAGGCGAGAGGACUGCCGGAGAGCAUCGCUUCGGUCCUAAACAAGCUCGUUGUCGUGAAACUCAACGGUGGUUUGGGCACCAGCAUGGGCUGCAAGGGCCCCAAGAGCCUCAUUGGGGUGCGGAAUGAAAACACCUUCCUGGAUCUCACCGUUCAGCAGAUAGAGCAUCUAAAUAAAAGCUACAAUACAGAUGUUCCUCUGGUACUAAUGAAUUCAUUCAACACGGACGAAGACACGAAGAAGAUCUUGCAGAAGUACAGCCACAGUCGUGUGAAAAUCUAUACUUUCAAUCAAAGCAGGUAUCCGCGAAUUAAUAAAGAGUCUUUGCUACCGGUAGCAAAAGACGUGUCUUAUUCAGGCGAGAACACGGAGGCUUGGUACCCCCCAGGCCACGGGGACAUCUAUGCAAGCUUCUACAAUUCUGGAUUGCUGGAUAAAUUUAUCAGCGAAGGGAAGGAGUACAUUUUUGUGUCUAACAUCGACAACCUCGGUGCCACCGUGGACCUCUACAUUCUGAAUCACCUCAUGAACCCACCGAACGGGAAACGGUGUGAAUUUGUUAUGGAAGUCACAAACAAAACUAGGGCAGAUGUUAAGGGUGGGACGCUCACGCAGUACGAGAACAAACUGAGGCUGGUGGAAAUCGCUCAAGUCCCCAAGCCGCAUGUCGACGAAUUCAAGUCCGUUUCCAAAUUCAAAAUAUUCAACACAAACAACUUGUGGAUUUCACUCACCGCGAUCAAGCGGCUGCAGGAACGGAAUGCGAUCGAUAUGGAGAUCAUCGUUAAUCCAAAGACUUUGGACGGCGGCUUGAACGUCAUUCAGCUGGAGACGGCCGUCGGUGCCGCUGUCAAAAGCUUUGAGAACUCUUUGGGGAUCAACGUGCCCCGUAGCCGUUUCUUGCCUGUGAAAACCACCUCCGACCUCCUCCUGGUGAUGUCCAACCUCUACAGCCUUAACGCUGGAUCUCUGACGAUGAGUGAGAAACGAGAGUUCCCUACCGUGCCGCUGGUUAAACUGGGAAGCUCUUUCACAAAGGUUCAAGAUUAUCUGAGGAGGUUUGAGAGCAUACCCGAUAUGCUCGAAUUGGAUCACCUUACGGUUUCAGGAGAUGUCACGUUUGGCAAGAACGUGGCAUUAAAGGGCACCGUCAUCAUUAUCGCGAACCACGGAGACAGGAUAGAUAUCCCGCCCGGUGCAGUCUUGGAGAACAAAAUAGUCUCCGGCAACCUUCGCAUCCUGGAUCACUGAAGGGUCACGAACAAUCAGACUCGCCACCGAGUGGAAGAACCCGUCAGCAUUAGAUGUGUGCGUAAAGAGGGCCCUCCCGAAUUAGUUACCCCACUUCCUGUACCCUCCAGUAUUAUUUUCCAAGUAGAUUUUUUUCCUGUUCUGUCUGGAAGAUACCAAAAGCCGGUUUCUAAAACGAUUUAACUCAGAAUUAAUAUAACCGAAAGUGCAAUAUUACUUGUCUUAAGAAAAAAGGCAGGCAGCUCUCGCGUUAAAGACGUCGGGUGUGUUAACGUUCCGUGAGUUUUGCUUGCAAACUGGAAAAGCUGUGAAGCAAGAGCCCGUCGGCUAUGAACGGCUACUACGUCGUGAAGUGUGAAACGGCUCCCUCUAAAGAAAUUUUAAAAACCAGAUGUUUUGCUACCGAGGCAAAUAAAUGGAUUUUCUAAAAAAAAAAAAAAAAAAUCUAGCCCUGAAGUUGUUAACACCUUACGACUUCACCUACUUUAUACUUACUUCAAGUGAUGCUACUCUUAAAAAGAAAAAUUCAAUACCUCACGUUUUGUUCUGCUCUGGUGUGUGUCGGCCGUGUGUUACUUACCCAAAGAAAAAGGCACGUGUGAUGGAAGCGUCGGGAUUGUUUCGCUUCUGUCUUCGUCAGCCGCUUCUCUCUUGUGGUACCUCCACGUGCUCCGUUCUGCUUUUUCAGACAACAGAACGAGCCCCGUCUUCGGGGUAACGUUCAUACGAUCGGAUCAUGUGUCCACACAAUUAUAGAUGCAACCGUCAACAUCUGUACAGGUACUGAAAUAAAAAUCAAAGCCCCA